AUCUUUUUUUUCUUAUACACUACCACACACAUUCACCUACAGAAAAAUCUAAUCUUUUUGCCAAAUUUCACAUCUUUAUUUAUGUAGAAGACAAACCCAUAUCAUAGAUUUAUUUUGUAAGAUAUAUAUUUUUGUUUUUUUAACUUUUAUUAAUUUUUUAUUUGAAAAAUUGAACAAAAUCAAUAAAUAUAAAGGGGGCAAUAUCUGAGGAGGAUGAACAUGCCCUCUGUUCUUAUUGUGCCUCCUCUCAGAUCUUAAAUUUUGUAUUUUUAUCAAGUUUCUUCAUCUGGGUAUUUGUUAAAUUUGUUUUGAGCUGAAAGUUUGGGUUGAAGAAUCCUGGAAAUGUUUUCUGACUGAUACCUGAAUUCUGAAUCCCAUUAUCUUGUUGGGAGUAUAAUCAUUGUGUGUUUCUUCAAAGUAAGAAAAUGCAAUCUGAUCUUGGUAAGUUAUUUAUCGGUGGGAUAGCAUGGGACACGAAUGAAGAGCGUUUGAAAGACUAUUUUACUAGUUAUGGCGAGGUUAUAGAGGCUGUAAUUAUGAGGGAUCAUGCCACGGGCCGUGCUCGUGGUUUUGGGUUCAUUGUGUUUUCAGAUCCUGUUGUUGCAGAUAGAGUUACCAAGGAGAAACACAACAUUGAUGGCAGAAUGGUUGAGGCGAAAAAGGCUGUUCCUAGGGAGGAUCAAAGCCCAAUUAGAAGUAGUAGUAGCUUUGAGGGUUCUCCUGGUCCAGCCCGAACCAGAAAGAUUUUUGUAGGAGGGUUAGCGUCUACUGUAACUGAAAACGAUUUCAGGAAGUACUUUGAACAAUAUGGAACAAUUACGGAUGUAGUGGUUAUGUAUGAUCAUAGUACCCAAAGGCCACGAGGAUUUGGGUUCAUUACGUUUGAUUCAGAGAAUGCAGUAGACAAAGUUCUAUUAAAAACGUUUCAUGAACUUAAUGGUAAAAUGGUUGAGGUUAAACGAGCAGUUCCAAAAGAGCUUUCGCCUAGUCCAAUCCGAAGCUCACUUGGUGCAUAUCCUUAUGGGUUGAGUCGAGCUAGUAGCUUUCUUAAUGGAGCUUACUCUCCGAAUGCUGUUGGAGUUGGAGGUUAUGGUGUUAGGAUGGACGGUAGAUUCAGCCCGAUUCCUUCUGCACGAAGCGGGUUUGCUACGUUUGGUUCUGGCUAUGGAAUGGGAUUGAACUUUGAACCUGGGAUGAACGAGAAUUAUGGUAGCGGUGCUAAUUAUAAUAGUACUCUGAGCUAUGGGAGGGGAAUGGGCCCAUAUUAUGUUGGGAAUUCAAAUCGGUUUGGGAAUCCUGUCAGUUUUGAGGGUGGAAAUGCUGGGAAUACAUCUUUUUUCAGUUCGAAUCCUAGAAAUUUAUGGGGUAAUGGUGGGCUUAACUAUGCAUCAAAUUCCACAGGCUCAGCUGGGGUCAUUGGCGGGGCUAUCUUAGGGAACACAGGGCUCAAUUGGAGUUCAUCUCCGAUUUCAUCUCAAGGUUUGGGGAAUGUUACUACACAGAGUGCUAAUCUUGGUUAUGGAGGCGGGGAGAAUAAUUAUGGCUUGAGAAGUGCAGGUUAUGGAAGAAAUACUAGUAAUAGUGUGGUUCCUACAUCAUCAUUUGGUGCAAAUUUAGGUUAUGACGGGCCUUUUACAGACUUUUAUGGUGGUGGUGGCUCGGUCUAUGGAGGUGACCCAACUUGGCGGUCAACAAAUAAUGAGCGUGAGCCAGGUGGUUCAUUUGGUGGGUAUGGGCUAGGUGGUGGUGGUUCUGAUGUCCAGACUAAGAGUCCUUCUGGUUAUGUAGGUGGUUAUAGUGUUGCUAAGAGACAGGAAAAUAGAGGAAUCGCUGGAUAGUAGGAAGCAUAACUUUAUAGUUAAAGUACGGUGUAUCAGGCGUUAUGUGAAUUUUGCUCACCUAAAGAAGGGUUGGCUAUCUUAAAGCUAACUUGAGUGCAGUAGAUGGUGGAUUAUAAGGCGUUUUUUCUGUUUUUAUGUUUUGGAUCCAUGAGUUUUCCUUUUUUGGUCUUUUUUGAGUGAGGUGUAUAAUUUGAAUGCGGCAUAUAGUCAAAACAAAUGGUGUCAUCUCUUGUGAGUGAGAUGAUACAACAGACAAUGUUUUGCCUGGACCAUGUUCGGGUUUUUGUGUUCUUUUUUUUUUCUUCCUGUUAUUCAUGAAACUGCAAAGUUUCAUGUCGUUUUGUCGUCGUUUUCAGGGUUCAGUUUCACAUUUGGUUUGCUAGCAAUGAGCUCUAAUUUAAACUCAUAAGUGUACCAGGAUUACUGUUGAUUCUAUUACUAGUAUCAAACAUUCGAGGGAAACCUAUCUAGGGUUCCCAUGAAUAAGUUACAUCAAUCUUAUUAGAUUUUUGCUUGCUUACAUAAAA